CAGGAUGCAUACUUCAAACCAUAUCUGUCAGUGUUUGUGUUGAGUGUUAUUUCUGUUAUAUGAGCUGAAAUGGUGUGUGUGUUAAUGCAUGUUUGAGGGCAUGCGAGUCAGAGUGGGCUGGGUUAUCAGAUCAGAGAGACAGAAGGCAGUUUGCGGUGGACGGGAGAAUUUCACAUUCUUCAUCUCAACUUUGCCCGUCGCAGUCAUCUGCACAUUGCUGCGUGUCACUGGCACACACUUUCUCUUCUUUCUUUCCUUGCUUUUCCUCUGAUUCAGCUUGACUGUCAUUCUUCUUGUUCAAACACUUAAUUUAUUUUACCAUCUUCUUUAUUUCUUUCUGUUGCUUUAUCUAAUGCAAUUUGGUGGUACCAGAUGGAGUCAAAGCAUCAUGGACCUCGACCUCUAAGACCCACAAGUCCAGCUAUGCCUUUCAUAGGUUGGCCCCACACAAAUGGAUGUGGAGGCCCAGGUCGGAUGUUGCUACGUGAGAUGCUUUGUCAGCUGGAGCAAAGAGUACUUCAGGUUCAAGAGGAGGAGUUCCAGUACUUCAUUUACCAUGGCACUAUGGGAUACCAUCACCCCCCAGCAUGCCCAAGCCUGCUUGCCCUUAUCCCUGCCUCUGAACACCGCCAGCUAGAGCGCCUCUGUGGCCGCAUCCCACCCUCACACACUACUAUUGUACUUUCCAGGCUCCAUGAUCUUUUGGCCCACAAUGACAUUCCUCCCUGGGAACUGGUGGGUGUCUUCAAGAAAGUUCUUAGAGACCUCCUGAGGAGACAGGAAGACGGCAUGCAGAGACGUCCACCCACUUCAGCUCCAUCAACAAUUCUUUCUGCUCCGAGUCCACCUACAAAGAGUAAUGACAGAAAUCGAAUUGUUGGAAAUGUAUCUAGUUCUUUAUCAGAGGAGUCAGGGAAGCACAGGGAGGAAAUUCCUACUAUUUCUAGUUAUGUGGAUAAACAUUUGCGUGCUGCCUGCCCCUAUUCCAUUCACAGAGAUUGGAGUCUGCCCUUUUGCCAUCCUUUUGCUUAUGAGGCCUACAGCACCACAUUGUGAUUUUAGAAGUUUAACGUUCUCAUGGCAAUUCAUAACGAUUUUAUGUUUUGGCAAAUUGAUGGCUAAUUUGUAUGAAUUUGUAGUCUCAUUUCUCAUUUAUGUUUGUGUAUGAUCUCCCUGCAUCAGGCUGAUUGUUAGGUUUAGGGGUGGACCUUAACUUAAAGCCUUUUAAAUUGACUAAAAAGCAUACAUUUUCAUACAAAUCACUUCUUACAAAUUCAUAUGAAAUCGCCACCUCUUAAAUAAUUGUUUCCUCAUGAGAAAAGUCCAUGCGGCCAUUUUCUAUGUCUUUCCUGCUUGCAAAUUCCCUAGGUCUCAGAUCUACACACAGAUCUACACUUGCACUGGAAAAUCAAAUCCUGUUCUUAAGUUUAAGUAAAUUAGACUGAUCAAAAGUGAUUAACAUGAUGAUGUAUGCGAUGUUAAAAUUUGGAAGAUGAGCCAUAAUCUUUUUGUACUCAAUCAAUAAUGUAGGUGU